AUGGUCACAGUGGAUACGGGUAGGUAUCUGCCCGUCUAUGGAGUUUCAGGGUCGACAACCGCACCAUUCCAAUCACCGAGAGGAGAAGAGGACGGUAUCAAGGAGCUUCGCGGCGGCUUACAUCAUGGCGAUGCACAUAGAGAUUCCUUACCGUCAAUAGGACAGUUGGAUUUAGAAACCGCCAGCAAGGACCGUCAACACAACAGUGCACAAUUCCCAUCCGCAACGGCAGGAUUGUCUGUUUCCAGUUUGACAAUGGCCAAUCAUCCAGGCCAUGCCCCUUUUGGCUAUAUGACAUCUGCAACACCUAGAUCGACUCUAGGCGGAUCCGCAGAGGCCUCUCCUGGAGACAUCAGGUAUCCCGGAGACGAAAAUAAGGAACAGAAAACCUCCAGCGAGCCUCAGCACACCGUUCAACGACAGUCCCUCCCUUCUAUACACGAGGCAUUAGGCAGCCACACUCUGCCCUAUCCUCCUCACCCACCUUCAUCUUCAUCUAACUCAGGACACCCGCCUGUAUCGAUUUCUAUCCCGCCGACUGCUGUUGCUCGUGUGGGUGCAGAUGUGCCUUCUGGUCCUCCCAAUCCGUUUUCAAUCUCAUCACUAUUUUCAAGGGAUAACCCAUUCAAUGCACAUUCGAGUGCCCCUGGCAUACCUCCCCGUCCCGAAGGACAGCGAGCCAGCUUUGCUUCAACCCACUCGCAGGAAUCUCACAAUCGAUCAGUCCCAUCCUUAAGCUCUGGGAAAUCACCAACCCAAAGUUGUAAAACAGGGACAUCCUCGCUUACAAACUCGCAAUCUUCCACUUACGAAUUCAGCGCAUCACCUUCUGCGGCGCUGAUGUCUUCGCACCCUUCUACCCUCCUGGGACCUUAUGAAACACGCCCAGGCUUGGUUCACCCUUGGAACCAAAACGGUAUCGAUAAGGCCCGCAUGGAUCAACAAGGGGGCAUCAGGGCAAGUAAUGGCACCGCCGCCCCUCACAGCGAAACUGUUAAACGACAGCUUGAUGUAUAUGAUGUGGAAUCGUCUUAUCAUGAGAUUGUUGAAGCUGGCAGCAGAGUAGUUGAGUUUGCUAGACAUUUUGGUGCCAAAGCCCACCAAAGUAAUCGGUCUGGGCCUGUUGUAGGGUUGAUACCACAAUUAUCGGAGAUCGAUGAUAUUGCACAGACGAUUCGCCGAACAUCUGACGCCUUGGCUAGGAUUCGAGGGCUGGCUGUUGAGCAGGCGUUAGCGGAUCAGCAGGUGGAGCAACGAGCUCAGCGACAAGCUUACAAAGCUAACGGCGCGCGUAAUGAGGAACAAGCAGCUCCGUAUCGGGAAGAUUACAAAAGUGGUGGUGGAUUUGCAGGCGGUGAUACUAAGAAGCGCCGAGGGAAGGCGGCCCCACCUGGCCGAUGCCAUAGCUGUAAUCGAGCAGAAACUCCUGAGUGGAGACGAGGACCGGAUGGCGCUCGAACUCUCUGCAACGCCUGUGGCCUUCAUUACGCAAAACUAACUCGGAAAGCUGGCAAUAAUAAACAUUCCUCGCUGGGACCAAAUAUCAGACCUAAAAACAGUGCUGAAUCUCGGUCCCCAACGCGUUCUUAA